CAUUGAACUGCCCAUUUCUAGGGCUCUGACUUUAUUUUUAAGAAUAGCAUGUUGUGUUGAACUUUUGGGGUACGAGACUGGCUUAAGGGGGAGCAGUUGUAGUGUAUUGAGCCAGCGGUUGACGUUAUGAGCAUGCGCACUUAUGCGCAUUUCUGUUCCAUGUGCUUCGAUCGAAAUAAACCAAAUACAUGACAGUUAUCAAAAGCAUCUACCAUCCUCUAAUAUACAGCAGACGAAAAAUUUGCAAACGUUGAAGCGAAAGAGCAGCUUGCGGUGAUGGAGCCUUUGGUAUAUACCUUGUAUUAUAAUUGCUUUUGUUAUUAUGGUUUUAUUUCUGGUAUAAUAUUCGAGCUCAUUCAUUUGUGGGUGGGCAUUUUAUUUUCUCAGAAUGCCAAACUGCAGACGCGGCCAGUGCGAAUUCCAAUAGAACACAAUGAACGUGGAAGCACAGAAGGUCUCAACGUGAAAUAUGGUAUUCAGUGCUCAGAGGAUAUCGACUGCUCUUCAAGGCCAGCUGCUUUUCCUCAGCAUCGACGUAUUGCAAGCGAAAACGAUGAGACUACUAACAUAAUAGAAGUGAAGCAUUCUGUACAGUGCACAGAACACUGAAGCUGACCGGAUCUGGCGGCCAACACGACGACAAGUUCCUCAGAGAAUACAGUGAUGGGUUAAGGGCCCAUUAACCGAUCUUUUCGAGCCGUUGCUAGGAAAAAUUUAUUCUCAUAUA